AUGGCAUGGGAGGAGGAGCUUGGUUUGCUGAUUGGAGAUGAGUCUCCUCGGCUCCUGACAUUUGCCAGCCAGCUAAAGGCGGGAAAAGGCCUGACCAUUGUUGGCACUGUUGUCCCCGGGAACUACCUGCAGAGCUAUGGAGAGGCGCUCGCUGCUGAGCAGACUCUGAAGCAGCUGAUGGAUAAGGAGCGCGUGAAGGGCUUCUGCCACUGCAUCGUGGUUUAAAAGCCACGUGAUGGGAUCAGCCACAUGAUCCAGUCGAGUGGCCUGGGAGGAAUGAAACCCAACACUGUGGUGAUGGGCUGGCCUCACGCUUGGAGGCAAAGCGAGGACCCACAGUCCUGGAAGACCUUCAUCAACACAGUGCGGGUGACCACAGCGGCCCACCUUGCGCUUCUGGUGCCCAAAAACAUCUCCCUGUUCCCUAGCAACUCCGAGCCCUGCACAGAGGGCUACAUCGAUGUGUGGUGGAUCGUCCAUGACGGCGGGAUGCUGAUGCUUCUGCCUUUCCUCCUGCGACAACACAAGGUGUGGCGCAAGUGUUCAAUGCGAAUCUUCACAGUGGCCCAGAUGGAGGAUAAUUCCAUCCAGAUGAAAAAGGAUUUGUUAACCUUCACCUCUCAGCUACACAUCGAUGCUGAGGUGGAAGUAGUGGAGAUG